CUUUCUUUCUUUCUCUGUGUCAUAUUACCUGAGAAGAAAAACAGAAAAGGAGAAAUGAAGGGGGAUUAGGCCAACUUGUAGUCAUGAAUAGGUUCAUCAAACACUAGUUCUUUAGCCUCAUUGCACCCAUCCUACACACUGAAAAGUCUGAAAUUUGCAAAGACGGGUCUUUUUUUUGCCGAAUUUGACUUUAACUAAGCUUUUUCGGGAUGAGAGAUUUUCUCCUUCUGAUCAGUUCUUUUAUUUCCAUGGGAAGAAAAAUAAAACCCCCAGAAAAAGCUGAACUGUCUAUUUUCUUGAUUCAUCUGCAGAAUUUUCCCAAACAGUACUCGAUUCACCACUAAUGGGUCGUUUCCCAAUGGCAAGGUACCACUACUAGUCUGGUCUCUUUCACUCUUUCUGCCCUUUUCAGAUUUCUGAAUUCCAUUUUUCAUUCUUUCUUACUGCUUUCUUCUGAAUUUUGUACUCUCUCUCCCUCUUUCGCCUCUCUCUCUCUCUCUCCAUGAUGCAAUUCACUGAAACUCCACCACCUCCCUUGCAUCAAAUUACUUCAUUCUCAAAUCUUCCAAUGAACAAUAAUCAAAUUCAUCGAACUCGUCCAUGGCCUGGCUUCCCUACAUCUAAGGCCCUUGGAAGCUUUGGUGAUGCCAAUUGCAUGGAGCAGCUGCUAGUGCACUGCGCAAAUGCAAUCGAGAGCAAUGAUGCCACUCUAGCUCAACAGAUCUUAUGGGUUCUAAACAAUAUUGCUCCACCCGACGGUGACUCUAACCAGCGCCUCACUUGUGGCUUCCUUCGAGCUCUCAUAGCUCGUGCUGCCAACAGUGGAACUUGCAAAAUGUUCACCGCCAUGGCAAAUGCCCACGCCAAUCUUGCUAUCAAUACCCACAAGUUUUCUGUCAUCGAGCUCGCCAGCUUUGUCGACUUAACCCCAUGGCACCGCUUCGGAUUUGCAGCAGCUAAUGCAGCCAUACUUGAAGUUGUUGAAGGAUACUCAGUCAUCCACAUUGUUGACCUAAGCUUGACCCACUGCAUGCAAAUUCCCACUCUGAUCGAUGCUUUAGCUAAUCGCCCAGAGGGACCCCCACUUGUCAAGCUCACAGUAGCCGGUGCCACCGAAGAUGUCCCGCCUAUGCUCGAUCUUUCGUAUGAAGAAUUGGGUUCGAAGUUAGUUAAUUUCGCUAGGUCUAGAAAUGUUAUGUUGGAGUUUAGGGUGAUCCCUUCAACUUCUUCAGAUGGGUUCUCCUCCUUAAUCGACCAACUUCGGGUGCAACAUCUAGUCUAUGCAGAAAGCGGCGAGGCCUUAAUUGUAAACUGUCACAUGAUGCUUCAUUACAUACCAGAAGAGACCCUUUCUGCAAUUCACAGCACAAAUUCCUCAUCUUACUCUGUAGAAUCUUCAUCUCCUUCCUACCACAGAACCAUGUUUCUCAAAGCCCUUCGGACUUUAAACCCAACUAUUGUUAUUCUAGUAGAUGAAGACGCGGAUUUCACAUCAAACAACUUGGUCUGCAGAUUAAGGUCCGCUUUCAAUUAUCUAUGGAUACCUUAUGACACUAUGGACACAUUUCUUCCGCGAGGGAGCAAGCAGAGGCAGUGGUAUGAAGCUGAUAUUUGCUGGAAGGUUGAGAAUGUAAUAGCACACGAGGGUCCCCAGAGGGUUGAGCGGCUGGAGCCGAAGGGCCGGUGGGUGCAGCGGAUGAGAAAUGCCAAUUUCCGGAGCAUUAUGUUUAGUGAAGACACAGUUUCAGAAGUGAAGCACAUGCUUGAUGAGCAUGCAGCUGGGUGGGGAUUAAAGAAGGAAGAAGAAGAUCUUGUUCUCACAUGGAAAGGACACAAUGUUGUAUUUGCUACUGCAUGGGUACCUGCUUAAUUAGUUGAAGCCAUUUAAUUCUCAUCACUAAAUCCCUAUUAAUCUUCUUUUGUUAAUCCCUUAUUCUUCUUCUAUAACUAUCUUCCGGUUCCAGAGUAGAUUAGAUCUCAAUGUGUUGAGGGUUUUAGCUCAUUUCCAAUAUAAACAACCAUUGUUUUUCUUCCUGCAAUUAACAUUUCUCUAGCUCUCA